ACCUACGGGUUCCGGGACUUUAAAUGAAGAUCGUAUUUUACAGAUAGGAAGAGUGAUACGUAACGACAAAGAUCCACACCAAUGAUUGUGCUGGCUAUAGACAAACUAGAGCACCCAACAGUGAGAGUCUCUGUUGUAAAGGAAGGGGUAUUUUCACCCGGAAACCACUUGCAAGUUGGCUUAGUGGGUUGUGGUUUGCUGCUGGACUCUCCUCCCAGGAUGAUAUGAGAUUUAACAGGCGACGAUGCAUACAGGAGGAGAGACUUCAGCAUGCAAACCUUCAUCCGUCCGACUUGCACCCUCGUUUUCUUUCCAUGCUGCUGGGCUUCAGAUGGCUGCUCCGAUGCCCCAUUCGCACCAGCAGUACAGUGACCGUCACCAGCAGAGUACUGACCCGUCGGUCACUGUGCUGCCAUACAGCGACCAGGCUCAGCAGCCCAUUGCCAACCAGGUGACCCCUGAUGUUGUCAUGUUACAGAGGCGCAUGCCCCAAUGUUUUCGUGACCCAGCCUCGGCUCCCUUGAGGAAGCUCUCUAUUGACCUGAUCAAAACCUACAAACACAUCAAUGAGGUAUACUAUGCAAAAAAGAAACGACGACACCAACAGGGCCAAGGUGAUGACUCUAGUCACAAGAAGGAGAGGAAGGUGUAUAAUGAUGGCUAUGAUGACGACAACUAUGACUACAUCGUGAAGAAUGGGGAGAAAUGGAUGGACCGCUAUGAAAUUGAUUCUUUAAUAGGCAAAGGGUCAUUUGGACAGGUUGUAAAAGCAUACGACCGUGUUGAGCAGGAGUGGGUGGCAAUUAAGAUCAUCAAGAACAAGAAGGCUUUUCUAAAUCAAGCCCAGAUUGAAGUGCGUCUCCUCGAGCUCAUGAACAAACAUGACACGGAGAUGAAGUACUACAUAGUUCACCUGAAGCGUCACUUCAUGUUCCGGAACCACCUUUGCUUAGUGUUUGAAAUGCUGUCGUACAACCUGUACGACCUGCUGCGGAACACGAAUUUCCGCGGCGUCUCGCUGAACCUGACCCGCAAGUUCGCCCAGCAGAUGUGCACGGCGCUGCUGUUCCUCGCCACGCCUGAACUCAGCAUCAUCCACUGUGACCUGAAGCCCGAGAACAUCCUCUUGUGUAACCCCAAGAGAAGCGCCAUCAAAAUAGUGGACUUUGGGAGCUCCUGCCAACUGGGACAAAGGAUAUACCAAUACAUCCAGAGUCGAUUCUACCGCUCCCCUGAAGUCCUUUUGGGAAUGCCUUAUGACCUGGCCAUUGACAUGUGGUCCCUGGGCUGUAUUCUGGUGGAGAUGCACACUGGAGAGCCACUCUUCAGUGGAGCCAAUGAGGUGGAUCAAAUGAACAAAAUAGUUGAAGUGCUUGGUAUCCCUCCCAAUCACAUCUUGGAUCAGGCACCCAAAGCGAGGAAGUUCUUUGAGAAGAUGUCUGACAGCACAUGGGGUGUAAAGAAGACCAAAGAUGGCAAAAGGUAUAAACCUCCUGGCUCCCGUAAGCUCCACAGCAUCCUCGGGGUGGAAGCUGGAGGUCCCGGUGGGCGCCGAGCCGGGGAAUCCGGUCACGCUGUAGCCGACUACUUGAAGUUCAAGGACCUCAUCUUAAGAAUGCUGGACUACGACCCCAAGAACCGCAUUCAGCCCUACUACGCCCUGCAGCACAGCUUCUUCAAGAAGACUGCGGACGAGGGGACGAACACGAGCAGCAGCGUGUCCACGAGCCCGGCGCUCGAGCAGUCGCAGUCUUCAGGAACCACGUCCAGCACCUCCUCCAGUUCAGGAGGUUCGUCCGGGACGAGCACCAGUGGCCGAGCGCGGUCUGACCCCACCCAUCAGCACAGGCAUAGCGGAGGACACUUCAGCGCAGCGGUGCAGGCCAUGGACUGCGAAAACGUUUGUCCACAGGCGAGACAGCCGUACCCUCCGCCUGUGGGGUGGGCAGGCAGCGACGGGCCGCAGCAGGUGACUGUAGAGACCCACCCAGUCCAGGAGACCACCUUCCAUGUGCCUCCCCAGCAGCCCAAGGCAUUACAUCCCCUCGCUAGCAGCAACAGCUCCCACCACCAUCACCACCACCAUCACCACCACGGACAGGGCCUGGCCACGCGCCCCCGCCCCCGGCUCUACAACUCCCCCACUAACAGCGCCUCCACGCAGGAUUCCAUGGAGGUGGUGCACAGCCAUCUGUCCAUGACCUCCCUGUCUUCCUCCGCGUCCUCUUCCUCCACAUCUUCCUCCUCCACUGGGAACCAAGGCAACCAGGCCUAUCAGAACCGCCCGGUCGCUGCCAAUGCCUUGGACUUUGGCCAAAAUGGCAGCAUGAACAUGGGAUUGGGUGCCUUCUCGAAUCCCCGCCAAGAGACUGGCAUAGCAGGACAUCCGACGUACCCUAUCGCCACAAGCACGGGGCCUGGUCACUACAUAACGGAGGGUCACCUGGGCAUGAGACAAGGCAUUGACCGGGAGGAGUCUCCCAUGGCAGGAGUGUGUGUUCAGCAGAGUUCUGUGGCUAGUUCGUGACUAAACUGAGAAUGGGUUUUUUUUUCUGUGUGUAUUUUUUAAGGUGGUGUUUUUAAAAAAAAAAAAGUGCAUAGAGAUCAAAAGCUGCUUAAAUCAGAAGGGAGAUUAUCACUGAACCGCUACCACAGUGCAGAGCCCAGAUUUUAUUUAUCUCCUCCCCUCCCUCCCCUUCUCUUUUUUUUUAAUUAUUAUUUGAUUUUGAUCAUAGGCAAAUUGGUAGAACUGCAGAAUAGGCAUAGCAAAAACUGUACGGGGCACACACAUACGCCAUUUCACUUGUUUAACUCUAGACAUUUCAUGACAAUUGGUUCUAUGUUAUUGUCAGCUGUGAGCUUUUAAAGUGACAGACAUUGUGGGUUAGAGAGAAAUGUCCGAAAUUGUGUUGCUGGUGGUCAUUCGUAAAGAGAAGUUAUUCCACCCAUACAGUUUAAUCUGUUAAAUCCUAAGCACACAUUAACGUUCCCCCUUCCCCCUUCCGAACAGGAUCGUUUUCUGUUGAAUUUCAUCGUAACGCCUUUUUAAAGAGGAAAAAAAAAAAGUUGUUCUUUACGUUGUGCAAUUCUGCAAAAGAGCUGCGUGCUCAGAACCUGUAGUGUGUGGCAAGGAAGAAGCACUUGCAGUGAGAUUCCAUCUGUUGUGGGUUUUGAGUGGCUCCGCGCGAGGGGCGCAGCGCGGCGGAGGCGGGGCGGCCUGCGCUCAGCGGGCGCGGCCCCUGGAGGCCCCGCAGGCCCCGCAGGCCCCGGAGGGCCCGCAGCCCGGGACCCAGGGCAGCUGGGACUCCGCCGGGCCGUGCCGAGGAGGUGCACUGAGGAGCAGCCACCAGGUCGGCUCUGGCCAAACCUAGGGAUGUCGGGCAGUGGCAGUCUUUUGAGAUAACCCUUUGGCCUUAUGAUUUUUGGACUCUGAAUGGAAAAGAAGCUGGACAUUCUCAUUACAAUGAAAAAUAGCUUUCCUGUAUUUUUGAACUCUAGACAGCCCUUAAUUCUUAACAAAAAAUAGAAAAAAAGUAGAAAAAAAGGUAUUUGAGAAUGGUAAUUUAAGAGGCCUUUCUUUAACUAAAAUUUAUGACUUGGAUGGCCCUAUGAUUGCAGGGUCUUGUAAGUUCACAUGCGUGUCCUAAACAUGACUUCCUAAAAAUCCUGAAGGUCACAGAAGUAGUUUUGCGAGAUGGAUGGAAUUAGCUACGACUGUGUCCCUUCCUGCUUUUUAUCGCUUUUUCUUUUGCUUUUUUCUUCAGCAUGUGGUUCCUCCAACAGAGCUUCUGCACAAAUGUCUUCUGUUCAUCUUGAAAAUGAAAACAUGCAGAAUUUUAUGUGACUGCUU